GAAACAGUCGGCUAACCAUACUGUUGAAAGAACGACAGCCAGCUAACACAAAUGGAGAUGGAGUACCCAGUCCUAAAGAGACCCAAGAGGAAGCUCUGUUACAUUACUGACAAUGAAAGCCCAGCUAAGCACUGGGAAGACUUCUGAUUCAGAAAUACACCAGAAUAAGAGUGAGGACUCGGUCCCCCCAGAGCGACAGCUGAUAAAAAAACCUCCAGGACACCAAUUAGUAAUGGGAGAUGAUGGAGAUGUCUUGCAUCCUGCAAGUACUGAACUGGAUAUCGAUUUGGACAUCCCCUUUAAAGGACAUCACCCAGUAAAGACUUCCAGUCCAGCAGAACAAAGUUUGGCUGCUGAAGAAGAAAAGCAGGACGAUGAAAAAGCACAAGUUGUGUCCCCAAUUCUUUUUAUGUGUGAAUAUGAAGGAAUAGAAGAGGUGAAGAAAGACUCUCUACCCACCCAGAAUCCCCAGUGUAAUGGACAAGUCACAGAGGAGAACGGCGAGUCUGGAUUGGAGUCUCCCCCAAGCAAGAUUGAUUUAACAAAGAUAUCUGGCCACAAGAAGGAGAUUGAAUUACAAGGGAGUCAAGAAAGCACACAGCCAGCUGUUCAAACAGUGAGCCGGAAGCCUGAAGUCGCAGCUCCUGUGGCAUCCACACGAGCGGGAAAAGAUAUGACAGCUUUUCUGCAGAAACUGAAACAUGCAGCACAGUCAAAACCUUUCAGUUCUGGGAAGAAACAAGUCAAAGUACCCACUCCUCCCCCUGAACCAGAGGAUGAUUUUAUGAUCCUAGAAGAUGAUACACCUCUGUGGUUUUCCAUCCCAAGUAAAAGUGCUGCCAGUAAGAAACAAAGUCACAGCAGAAUUCCCAGCACAGACAAAGACAGCUCAGAUAAGAGGACAAAGGAUAGAUCACUGGAGAUGCCAGAGCCACAGCAGGAAAAAGAAAAGUCAAAAAGUAAAUUGGAAGAUCAGCCUGUUGAUCAGAAAAUUAAGAAGAAAACGAAGAAAGAGAAGAACAGUGAGGAGACUGGGCCUAGAAAUGAGGAAAAUAAGCUUCCUGCUCCUCAAGAUGCUCCUGCGGGUGACUUAUUGGUUCAAGAAGAGCCAGUAAAAAGAAGAAAAAGGAAAGCAAGUAAGUCUGCUGAAACAAAGAAACAAAAGUCUUCAAAAGAUGGUAAAGAAAAUACCAAGACACAGAAGGCUGACUCGUUAAAGGCGAGCAGGAAAGAGCUGCAGGGAGAACCUACUGUUAAGGAUGUUGAUGAGCAGACCAGUGACAAGCACAGAGAUACUGAAGACAUAGUUUCUACUGUUGACAAAGAAGCUAUGAAUUGUGAAACAGACGGACAGGUGAAACAAAACAACCAGUCAGUUGUUUCUAAAGGGACUUCAUCUGAAGACUGUCAGGUUCUCGGGAAAAGGAAAAGGAAAUCGACAGGAGAGUGGUGGUUGAGUUGCCCUCAGAGCACAGAGGAAGCGGACAACAGCCAGCAGGCCACGCAAAAGAAGUCCAAACAGAAACCUAAAGACUCCAGCGAAGCAGUUCCUUCACCUGCAAAAGCAAAGAAAGACAAAGCCUCAAAGAAAAGAAAUCAGAAACGGCUUAAAGUGUUGCCCAGUCAGGAGACGAGUGAGUUUAAAAAAAGGAAAACAAAACAGAGCGAAAAAGGAAAUAAACAAGGAGAAAAGUUAGACAAGAUGAAAGCAAUUGAUAAAGAUUUAGUAACGGCUGAGCCGGAGCUUGCCGACGAGCCGGAGCAGCAGGAGGUCCCGGAUCAAGAAUUGGACCAGGAGUCUAGCCCUUUGGUCUUUACUCAGAGGGACCACAGCCUUAACUCAGGAAAUAAGAUAUUUCAGAAAGUAUAUCAGCACGAUUCUACUGGAAAACUGUCAGCCACACCAAAAGCGCCCGUGUCGCAAAGUCGACCUAAGGAGCGGCUCACGGAAGCAGAUUCAGCCAAACGGAGAAGGAGAGCCCCGGGCGAUUGGUGGCUUGUCAACAACGUAGCUGAAGAUUUGGAGAACGUGUCCUCAAAGCCUCAGCAGCUUCAUCCCAAGAGGCCCGAACCUAAAAAAGAAAGGAAGAAACAGUCUAAACAGAGCAAAUCUCCCAGACUCGGUGUUCCCAAAAAUGGCAACACGGCAGUCUCAUUAAAACCUCUAGGAGGAGCUCCAGUGCCUCCUUUGACAGCAAAGUCACCGAUCACUCCUAAGACUGUCAAACGCUCUCUGGCAACAUUUAGAGACAUUUUUGCUUCAGUCAUAGAGUCUUCGACUGUGGACAGACGUCAGACUAACAGAUGUAAUGUCAGAUCACGUCCGUCUGAGGAAAUCUGUGUAGCAGGCAGUAACACUCAUGCAGCUGACAACAGCCCAGACAACCAGGAGACCACACGAGACAGCAGGUCACAAGUCCACAGGAGUGGACCGUCCUCCAUGAUUGAGCUGGAAGACUAUGAAGACGCUGACAGCAUAAUUUUGCCGUCAUCCAGGAGCACAGUUCUGCUCUCUGCUUCAGAUCUUUGUGCCCCUCCCCUCAAGCCGCUGAUCUUACAGCGGAAGGAUAUGGCCAACCUGGCUGAGUGGUUUAGGAGCCUCUGGUUGGCUACACCAGAAGGCGAUCCUGGUGUCACUCCAGACCAGUUUGACUGGUACUUCUAUAAAGACAGAGCUAUGGGCCUCCAAGAGGACGUGAGCACCAACUCCUUCUGUAGUGGAAAGCUGCUGCUGGGAUCCCUCAUGAAGAAGCCUCUCUGGGUGGACCACAGUGCUACAACAGUUUUUAACUUACUAACCAGCUCAGUGAGUGUGACCAUCGAUGGCUGUGAGUCAUGCUUCAGUCCUGGAAAAUCUUUUGUGGUGGAGUCUGGACAUGCAUACGCCAUCAAGAAUCUGACUGCGCAGCCUGCGGUUCUGUACUUCACCAGAAUGUUAGUUGAAACUGUAAACUGAUGCAUUGUGAAAAUGUAAAUAGAAAAUUGGCUGUAAUUUUUUUUUCCUAAGACUUACUUCAGUUUAUGAUUCUAGGAAAUAAAACUGAAAGAAAAUGUUGGUAAAAAUGUAAAAUAUUUGAAUAAAGUUUGCUUUUAAAUACCGUA